AUGGCCACGGUGGAGAGGCUUUUGUGUCUGUUGGAAGCUCACGGAGCUCGCCUGUCUGUGGAAGGGCUGGAUUGGGCCCGUGAGAACUGGAGUAACUUUCAGAGUGUGACGGACCGGAUUGUGGCCCUGCAGAAGGAGGCACGGGCCAAGUCGGGAAAGGGCAAAGCUUUCAUCUGUGCAGUUUUGGGUGCGUGUUUCGCCGCUUCGAGAGAUGAAAAGCAAAGCCAAAACGGACGAGAGAAUAAAAUCAUUUCCUCCUUGCAGGACCUGGUAGAUUCCGUGCAAGGGCAUAUUGUAACUUUAAAGGACGAAGUGGCAGAUCUUAAGGAUAGAUUAAAAACAGAGCAGAAGUGGCAAAAUUGGUUUUUGAAGGAGGAACUGCAGGCAGAGUCAAAGCAGGCAGAGCCUGCCUCCAUAUACCUGCUGCUCGCAUGCGGCCUCUCAUUAAAACCACAACCCGAGCGAAGACGACAGAGUCGUGAGUAUUGCGGAAACCGUUCGGUUGGGUGGGAUUCGACUGCCUGGUGUGAAAGAGUGUGUUUGAGACGGAGUCUGACUCCGAAGCGAGUGCGGAGGUCCGAUAAGCCGCGGUUCCAAACUCCCGCGAGGGAUUUGGCCGGUAAAGGAUUCAAAGCGAUUCCUAUAGGAUUCGACGAAGUGGCAGAUUUUAAGGAUAGAUUAAAAACAGAGCAGAAGUGGCAAAAUUGUUUUUUGAAGAAGGAAGAACGGCAGGCAGAGCCUGCCUCCAUAUACCCUCAGGCAGAGCUGGCAGCAGCAGAGGAAGCUGCGGCUCACAUGCGUCCUCUCAUUAAAACCGAGAUGCUGUAUGGUAAGGAUGGCACCCCUGCCAUCACAACCAAAGAGAUACCCUUUUCUUCCACUGAGCUGGCCAAACUGCGUGAAGAUUUUACACGUUCUGCUGGGGAGUCUGAGGUGGAAUAUGUAUGGCGUGUUUCUAAAACUGGAGGUGAUCAAAUUAGGUUGACAGAGGCUGAAGCUACAGGCUAUUGGGGUGCUAAUGUGUUCCUAACUACGGGAAAUAGGAGUGGUCCCUGGAGCCUUACUCAGCGAGCAACUUUCUGGGCUGGGGGCUUCGAUUCAAAAGAGAGAGGAGAGCCUCUAGUUCUGAGGGGAGGCAUGAAUCAGAUAAAGGAAAAUGUGCAGACAGCUUGUUUGCAAAUGAUCUAUGAUCGAGAACUGGAACAUCAUUUUGAAUCACCACUUUCUCUCUUGGUGGACCCAAAGCGAAUGACUCCUUGUCGGGGGCUUCCUGACUCCCUUAAGAUGAAAGGCAUCCAGCUUCAAAAGGAGAUAGCUGACACCCCACCUACCUCCCGAAUACAAGCUGCUCUGAGGGAGAACUUAACACCUGGGAGGAGGCAGCCUGAUUGCAGACAAUGGACGUGGGAGGAGGUGGCCAGAGAGCUAUUAGAUUAUGCCAGGCAGUAUGGGGUGCCUGAGGAAGUACAUAAGCCUGAGCCUAGAGGCUUGAGGCAGGUGAAAAUUAAUCGCCCACCUCCGAGUCCAGACCCCCGGAGCCAGAUGCUUCGAAUCCCCAGGCGACACUCGACUGGGGGAAGGGAGCAUCUGAAUACUAGACAGUAUUGGUGA